AUGUUUGCCUCAAGAUCGAUAACGAGAAUCGCCCUGCGACGAGGAUGCCCCCUGAGGCAAUUCUCAACGUCGAGACCUCUCGCUGUGUCCUACCACUCAUACACUCUCCCAACACAUACCUCGACGCCUCCGAGAAACGACGACGUUCCUGAAACUUCAAUAACACAACCUGAUCCUCUUCCUAAAGUCCACGAGACACGACCUCCUCCUCAGCAACCUCAGCAUCCUCAACCACCUAAGCAACAAGAACCCGCGCCAACACAUAAUGCUACUCCCGCCACAUCGGCAUCAGCUCCGAAGCUCAGCGAAACAGAAGCUCAGAAGCCAAAGGCAGCUAGACCACGACCUAAGCUACGACCGCGCAAGGCCGCUAUGAAGUUGACACCCUCUGCGGUGGAGCAAUUGCGAGAAUUGCUGGAUCAGCCGGAACCGAAGCUCAUCAAGGUCGGAGUACGGAACCGAGGAUGUAGUGGCUUGGCCUAUCAUCUUGAAUACGUCGAUAAGCCCGGUGCUUUUGACGGGACAGUUGAGCAAGAUGGCGUCAAGGUCUUGAUUGAUAGCAAGGCGCUGUUUAGCAUCAUUGGGAGUGAGAUGGAUUAUGUUGAGGACAAGCUGAACCAACGGUUUGUGUUUAAGAACCCGAACAUCAGAGGAAUGCGGCUGUGGAGAGUCCUUCAUGGUCUAGAAUGGAGGCCACAGUUUGGUCAUCGCAUCAGUAAAGACGAAAACAAAACAUCACUCACGAGACGACGUCAUUCAUGCUUGAACGACAGGGAUCUUCUAAAAACCAUCCCGUCGUCUCAGCACAAGAGACACGAGAGUCCGGAAAUGAUCAAAGUUCAGCGAGAAACAGCAUGCAUAGAAGCAUUUGCGAGUCGCGUCUUGUAA